AUGGUCAUUGCAGUCUAUGCAGUCAAACAGGGCCGCGUCCCAGGCCUCUACACAACCUGGGAAGACUGUAAGCGCCAAGUAGACGGUUUCUCCCACUGCGACUUUCAGAAAUUCCCUUCACUCGCUGAAGCAGAAGCUUGGAUGCGCACUGCUGCACUCGCGGGGAAGAAACAAACAACCGCCCUACCACCCACGCAAGUCGCUAUGCCUGCUGAACGUCCUCAUACCGGUGGAAUGCGCGCAUAUAUCGGUGCUGCUUACCAAAAGAGCCCUCACCCAGAACUCGGAGUCUGGCCGGCGCGCGCCAGUUAUAGCGUGUACUAUGGGACGACGGCCAAGUUGGAGAAUCUCUAUGGUCGUAUUCGUGAUGAUGCGCUCACGAAGCAACGCGCCCUGCUGAUUGCCAUCCUCAAGGCCAUUGCAGCCUGUCCUACGCAUACAGCCUUGGAAGUCUGUACCGACUCUGGAUACGCCUUCGCUUGCCUGAUGGUGCACGCUAAGAAAUGGCAAAGCAACAAGUGGCGCAAUGCAAAACAUAAACCCGUUGUGAAUGGCGACCUGGUGCGUGCGUGUCUCAAUCUUGCAAAGGAUCGUAAAGUCGUGUUGACAGUCAAGGCAAUCGAACGCAAGACACACAACAUCGGUCUGGAUGCCGCUGCCUAUCUCGCACACCGUGGACUCUGGCAGGAAUCGAGUGAGCUUGAGGCUGGUUGGGUGCAGCUGGGUUCGAGCAUGGUGAGCAGCUUUACGGAGAGCAACUUUGGCUAUCGCUCUGCUUCUUCUCAAUCUGAUGUGCACAGUGAUGGCGUGAGUACUGUGCAUGGCGAUCGAGCUGCAUUCUCCUUUUGA